AUGCCAUUCCAACGCCACGUCGAAACCAUGGUGUACGGACAACCCGAACGGAGUGGGUUUAUAUGGCCGCCCCAGGAGGUGGAUGGCACCACAUGGACGUCCGAACGGAUGAAACGGGCCAUGCAACGAGAAACCGAGAUUGGCAUGGGGGUCCCAUUGACCAUCAGCGCAUGCCGGCAGAUCAUGAUCGCCAUUGCCCGGCGAUAUUUGGGUCCCACGACCGGGUUUGAGAGCGAUUCGAUGGAGGAAGAACAGGAGAUGGAUGAGGACGAGGAUGGGUGUUGGUGGACGGCCGACGAUGCGGUGAUUGAUAUCCAAGCCGGACAUGGAAGCCACGUGGCCGGGAUGAUAUACGCACGCGGCGUGGAGGAAGCCCCCGGGACCAUGGCGGCCAUGAAGGCCCAGUUUCGACAGGCCAGUGAGCGAUGGCAUCGGUUUUUGGGAUUUCCCCCGUCCAUCGUGCCGGCAUGA